AAAUCAAGUACACAUUUUCCUUUUUUCAUAGGCAGCCAUACUUACCAGAAAAUUAGAGAAAAACACACGAAGAAAAUAGGCUUCUUGUUUUAAUUAAACCAAGCUUAGCCACUAGUUCUCAGCGCCAGUGUUAACUUCAAGCGCCUUCAAUUGAAGUUACCCCAAUUGCGCGAUUUAAGCAAUAACUUUCUUGUUUGAAGGCUAAAAGAAAGUACGGGCCUCAUGGAUUCGGAAUCGACUCUUCUCGAGCGACACAGCUCCACGAACGAUCUGAACGAUGCUGAAGUGGAAGUCAAAACCACCGCUAGCACCAAGUUUGGCAUGGACGCUUCGGGUCACGCUACUGCCGACGCUGUGACCACCACCACCGCCACUCUGCGCGGAACCAACAAGAUCGGCAGCGGCAGCGACGAGGUAGAGGAGGACAUCUUCGAAGAAGUUAAGAUGAUUCUUCGCAAGCGCCGAGGCUGGGGGCCGGAGGAUUCCCUCAGCGCCAACGACUUGGGCCUGCUCGAGUACGACGACGAACUGGGAGAAGAGGAUGAUGCCGGAUGCCCGCUACCCUCGACCCCCGAGGACACUCAGCUUAUUGAGGCGGAGGUAAGCAUUCCAUUUUCUGUCUGUUUUCCACAAAGACAAAAACGAAAAAAACAAUUGCGCACCCAUGUGCGAAAGCCCUUAUCGCUGACCCACCAACGUGUGGUUAUCAGCACUUGUUAGUCGCACUUCUCUGAC